UUUAAAAAUUGCCUUUCAUUCGACUAACUUCAAUCGUGUGUAGCGGUUAAUUCGAUUCGGCGAAGUCGAAGAUGCCUCUCUUUCAUGUACAGGUUCGACAAUGUGACUGAACUCCAGUAAAGAUUACCACCCAUGGCACAGGAACGUGCAGAUAAUGUGACCAAUCUUGGGGAUGCCUCCUUUGCACGGCUGGCAGCAGAGAAGGAGCAGGAAUGGCGCAACCUUCAGGCAAUGCAUGCCCACAGUCUGGAGGAUCGUAUCCGGGAGAAAGACAAGAUCUUGAAGGAGCAGCAAGAGAAGUUUCACACACUCAAAGAAGAUUUCAAAUUCAAUCUGAAGCUUCUUGCAGAGAGGGAUCAGGAAUUAGAUCGGCUUGAGGUGACGCAGGAGCAACUAGGAGCCAGAUUGCAGUCCAGAGAGGCAGGAGUCAGCCAGCUCAAGAUUCAGAUCGAUGAGCUGAAGACAAGAAGGGCUCAGGAUGAAAGGUCUUUGGAGGAUCUCCAGAGGCACUAUCAACAGAGGGUCAGGGAGAAACAGGCUGAGGUGGAGCAAUACAAGAUUUCUAAAGAUGUUGAGCUGCAGACAGAGCGAGAUGAGUUGGAGGCGCUGAGGCGUGACAUGAAGCGAAGGAUUGGUGAGGUUGAGGAGGAUCUUGAGAUUCAGCGCAGGGAGAUGUCAGCUGGGUUUGACGAUGCCUCCAGGAGGAGAGAGAAGGAGUAUAGGACCAAGAUCGAUGAGCUGAGCUCUACGGUGCUCGCACAUGAAAUGAAGGCCAAGUUAUUGAGCAGGGAAUUGGACCUGGUGAGAGGGGCCAGUCAACAGACCUCUACAGAGCUCAAGACCAGUGACACCAAGAUGGACGACCUCAAAAAGAAACUCAAACAAACAGAAUGGGAGCUGAGUGACCUCCGAGGCAUGAAAGAUGCAAGGAUCGCCGAGCUUGAGUCUCAGUUGAUACAUGCACAGCAAACAGUAGAGAGAGCUGAGGAGGAGUUCAACAGAAAACACAAGGAGCUGGACCGCUAUGCCAGGGAGAAGGAGACUGCUGUGGUGGGCUUGAAGGAGUCCCAGGUGGAGGCAGAGAGGAAGCUCCAGGAGGAGAUCAGGAGACUGGAAGGAGCCCUGGAGGCCAGGGAGGUGGAGAGCAGGAGGGAGGCAUGGGAGCACCAGGAUGCAUUAAAGGAUAAAGAAAUGCUCGUUGAAAGACAUCAGCAAGAGUCCAGAGAACUAAGGAACCAACUUGAUGGUCAAGUUUCCAAGGUGUCCAAAGACUUAGUGUCGAAAGACCUGGUGAUUGAGUCACUGCGGGACAGAGAUGGCAAACUGAGGGCAGAACUAGAAUGCCGCAAGGAUGACAUAGAGAGAUACCAGAAGGAGCUAGUUGUGGCUGCAGAGAAGGAACAGAACAUGGAGCGCACCAAGGCUCAGCUGGAGCUGGACUGGCAGAGGAGGUACGAGGAUGCAGAGAGGAACCAGUAUGCCAAGUCGGAGGAUCUAAUCGCUAGGCUUACCAAGUCAAGAGAUGAAGCUGUUGCACUGACAAGGGAACUAGAGAGGGAGCUCCAGCAAAGAGAUGAUUUGAACAGAGUCUUAGCGAGAGACAGGGACCAAGCUGUAGCCACGUUGAGAAAACACAAGCUGAAGAUUGAUAGAGAUAUGAUUCCAAGUCGAGAUACUGGCACGGAGGAAACCCACUUGGGGUCCAGGCAGGCUGAGGAGCUUCAGGCCCAGAAUGAAUCUCUCAUCGCAGUCAUCAGGGAUAUGAAGAGAGAGAUGGAAGAGAUGGAAAGCCAUGUGGACGGAAUGAACAAAGACGGAGUGAACAUCAUACCAAGAGGACCCAGAGGGGAAAGCACGAAGGAUGAGCAACAAGAACCCUUUACUGGAGAGUAUGUCAAGUCCCUAGAGAAAGAGUGCAGGGAACUCAAGGUUGAAAAGAGGAGACUGGAGGAAAGACUAUCCACCCUGGCACAAACCAUUCAAGAUGGAGGGGUUUAUCCGUCUGGUCAUCAAGAAGGGAUUCAGAUUGAUCUGGCACAAAAUGAUGCAAUCAAAAGUCAUAUCCAGUCAUUGAAUGACACCAUUGGUGCCCUUAGAGCAGAUAAGGUAACAACAUCAGCAGAGUUGAGGAAGUAUCAGGCUAGACUGAGUCAUUUAGAAACUGAAAUAAACCAGAAACAAUACCAGCCAAGAGAGAAACAGGCAGAAGUUGAUCAGCUAAGGUAUGAGCUCUCUACCCAAGCCAGACGCCAUGCUGCUGAGUCUGCUUCCUAUACCCAGAGAAUGAGUCAGCUAGAGCUGGAGCUGAUGGAGGCUAGGAGGGAAGCAGACGAGUAUUACAAGGGCACCUUACAAACCAACCUUGAGGCAACCACCCUGGGGCAACAGGUUUCUGCACUGACUAUGGAUCUUGCUGGUCGAGGUUCAAAAAGCAGGCAUGGGAUUCAGAGUGGUUUAGUGACACAGCUUCAGAGAGAGGUGCAUAACCUGAGGGCGCAAUUGGCCAGAGUCAAAUCUCAUCCCGGAGAUGAUGAGAACACGGACAUUAAUGGACUGCAAGCCAAACUCAAGACGGCAGUACGUCACAUCAGUCGGCUAGCCAAGGAGAAACAGAAGCUCAUGGAGCUGGGGAAUGGACUACGAUCAGAGCUUGCCCUCUACCGACCUUCACCUGCUCCCCAGCCCACAAGAGGUCAAAGGUCAGCUGCAGGAGAGAGGAGCAUGACUGCAGGGAAGCUGGCAGAGCAGGUCUCUUCCAAGCUUCAAAACUUGGAGAAACUCCAGUACGUCCUCACAAAGCAGGAAUUGCAGUUUGCCAGAGGAAGAGGUCACAAUGAAGGGGUGGCCGAUGUCGUCCAGGUACAGCUAAGCUCAUCAUCGGAUUCAACACCAGAGAUCACACCUAGGAUAGCUGCACAUGCUGAAUACACACAACCUCUUCAAAGCAACCAUUCACAAGGUAAUCCCCCUCCACAAAUACUGCGGCACUCACACAGCUCUGAGGGGGAGGCCCCCAGCAGUGAUUCCUCAGCCAAUCAGAGGCACACACCACUAAUGAUGUCAUCACUAGGGGAGGAGUCUAUGCAAGAUGUGUGGCGUCUUCUGGAUGAUGGCGCCAGCCCACUAUUCUUCAGGUCACCCUCUCCAAUGCGCAAGCCAGACCACUCCCCUAUACCCGAGGAGCCACACCACUCCAUCCCAUCCAGCAUUCAUGCCCGCCAGCACCACAGCACAGGAGGCCUAGAGGUUGCUGGCCAUAGCACCCACUACAAGGUCAGAGGUUCAAAACCCUCAACCAAACCAGAGUUAUCGGCCAUGGUGGCAGGCAAGGUACAACCUCAGCUGCAGCCUCCCAAGAGAAAAGUUAGAAAUUACGCACAUAGAGACAGCAAUGAUGUCAGAUGACACUGAAUAAUUUAGGUUCUUCUUUUCUAAAUAGUGUGUGUUCAGUACUAACAAAUAAAGAGAAGUUCAUUUCAUCUUGUAUUAAAGUAUAAUCUAAAAGCAAUGCACAUUGAGACAGUGCUUAAUAAAGGUUAUCAUAUGAACUGUUUCUCUUCAUAUAUUGUACGAUUGGGUUAAGGCCGCUUUAGGCCUCUGCACACCAAAGAUAGUGCCAGAGGCAUUAUGUUUUGGGUUCUCCAUUUUCAGUCGAUCAUUCUGAACUUCAUGAUCCAUAAUGCCAUUAUUAAUUUCAAGAAGAAAGACAAACUUGUACAUUUCUGAAGAGAAAAUGUAGGUGGGGUUAAUCAUUUUUGGUACUGAAAAGGCUGAUCAUAGAGCUCUCAUUCUAUCUUGUUUAUGUGCCGCUCUAAGUUUAGGACAUGAAUACACCAGGAAAUUGCAUUGAUCCAGUUUCUUUUCAAAUACAGUGUAUGGGCACACAUUUUCAUUCCUUAGUCUUUAAAUACAUGUACGGUAUAAACAUUCUUAGUUUCAGAAUUACAUUAUAAAGACUAAAAGAUUGGAAUACAUUUUAUACAACUCACUCCUAGUUUCUUAUCAAUUGGUCAAAGUGGUCAAACGUGGUCACGUGUGAUUCAUUUACU